AUGAUAGUGUAAACAAUAAAACUAGAAUUUAAUGAUUAUAAAAAUAAGCGUAUGCUAAAAGAUAUAGCAAUAUAAACAAUUAAAAAUGAAGGAUUUAAAGGACUAUAUUCAGGUGUAGGAAUAUCUGUUAUUGGAUCUGGACCUGCAUUUACUUUAUAUAUGACAUCAUAUGAGUAUAAUAAAACAAUUUUAAAUAAAUAUGGAAUAUUAUAAAAUAAUGAUUUUUUAAUGUAUAUGAUUGCAGGCUUAUUUGCAGAAAUUAUAAGUUGUAUAUUUUGGCUUCCUAUUGAUGUUAUAAAAGAAAGAUUAUAAGUAUAAUAAAAUUUAGGACUUUAUAGAUAUGCAAAUGCAAUAGAUGCAAUAAAAUAAAUUUCUAAAUCAGAAGGAAUACCAGGAUUAUAUAGAGCUUAUGGAGCAACUAUUUGCACGUUUGGACCUUAUAGUGCUUUUUAUUUCACUUUUUAUGAAUAGUUAAAAUCAAUAUUAUGUUAAAAUUCUAAAUAUCCUACAUUUUUUGAAAGUUUCAGUUUAGCUGCAUUGGCAGGUGCUUUUGCUAGUGUAAUAACUAAUCCUUUAGAAGUUUCAAAAAUAAGAAUGUAAGUUUAGAGAGCAUCUAAUGCUUUUUAUAAACAAGACGAAAAUAAAGAUAUUAAAUUUUAAAAAGGAAAUUUUGGUUAUAAAAACAUAGUCCACGGUAUUAUUUAAAUUAUUAAAAAAGAAGGAUUUGCCUCACUUUUUAAAGAAAAAUUGAAUUCCUUCAAAUCGUAAUUAUGA